UAGGACAGCACUUCGUACACAUGGCAGAAUCAGCAGGCAGGUAGAGGGCACUGAAACACUUCGGCAGCUCCCGUUAGAGUUCUGCACGUUCACUCUGAUUUAUGGAUUUAUGGCUUCUGAAGUGUUUACCUGCAUUGUAGGGAGCCCAUCUGUUUUGAAACCCUUGUAGGAAACGAUGGCCCUGCAAAUUGGCCCAACAAGUACUGUGCACAUUGCUUCCCUGGGAAGGGAAAGGCUGACUUAGGCUUCAGUACAAACUCUUUCUCAGGGCAGCUGAGCAGCCUGAACGUCGGGGAAGCUUUGCUGUGCUGUGUGGUGACAGCGGGGGUCAUUAGAUACCUCACAAAACUUGCUCCAGCAGCCCAGCUGUCCUGGGGUUAGCUCUUGCUGUGGGUCUGUGAGGAGGAAAAACAGAUCUUCCUGCGCUGCAGCCUCCUUUGACUCCCCUUCACCCCACACCUGAGCUCCUGCUCCCUGGAAAGAAACCUGAGGGAAGACCGUGGCAGCAGAGUGGGGGUCUUGCGGGGGCUGCCUCGGACCCGCGCUGGGAGCAGGAGCUACUGUAGAAAGCAGUGCUGAGAGAGAGAAGGACCAGGAAGAAAGAACACUGGGAGGUGGGAUUGCCAGGGCAGCAAGGACCUUACUUUCCUCCCUGCACAAAGGUAUGAUUGGCAAGGUGAAUCUUUUCAUCUGGAUCGGUGCAUUGUAGGAGUUUUCUAUUGGUGCAGAGCAAGAGUCUCACCUAUUCAUUAGAUUAAAUCCAUGAGCAAGAAAACAAAAAACACUUUUGAGGUAUUUUACUGAAUAUUCAUAUCUCCCUUCAGAAAUGUUUGUUUUGGUGCUUUUACAUUUUGAGUCUAAUCUGCAAUGGAAAAUAUGCUUCAAAGGAACAGAAAAAAAGCAAACAAAACCACCCAACACACUUGUGUGUCUUGCGUUUUGACCCAACCCACUGAACAACUGGAAGAGUCUCCACAGACCACCAGAGAUCCUCGAUUCUGUCUGGAGAACCAUCGAUCUGAAAGCUACAUCUUGACUGCGGAACCUUUUCAUCUGGGAUUAUCUGUUAUUGACCGCAGAGAGCGGCUACUGGCGAUUCCUGUGACAGGGCCCUGUACAGCAAGAGGCCUCUCAGGAUGGAUGUCACCCGCCUGCUCUUGGCCACCCUCCUGGUCUUCCUAUGCUUCCUCACUGCCUGCAGCCACCUGCCACUUGAGGAGAAGCCCAAAGAUGACAGUUGCCUGAGGAGCAACUCCUCCAAGAACCUAGUGGAUUUCCCCUCUGUCUCCAUUGUGGCACUGAACAAGAAAUCCAAAACAAUCAGCAAAAAAGAAGCAGAAAACAGGAAAAGAUCUUCCAAGAAAAAGGCUUCGAUGGAGAAGGUGAAGCUGCCACGGCCCCUGCCGCCCGCGCCCUGCGUGGCCACCCGCCAAAGCUGCAAGCCGCCAGCGCCCGCCUGCUGCAACCCGUGCGCCUCCUGCCAGUGCCGCCUCUUCCGCAGCUUCUGCUCCUGCCGCGUGCUCAACCCCAACUGCUGAGCUCGCCUUCCCCGCUGGGGUAGGCGGGACGGGGCUUUCCCCGACCUGGGAGGCGCUGAUAGGUCGGGGUCGCUCGUGGGCGUGGCUUUUCCGGGACCGGGUGUGGGCAGGGCUAUUGGGUUGGGUGGAGCUUUGAGGAGGGGGUGCUUCAAGGGGAAUGGGCUUUCGCUAAAAGCCGAAUACAGUAUCUAAAGGCUGCCGGAA